AUGGACACUAGCGCAAAGAAGAUUCUCGAGACCGCGACCAUCAAGACUCUCCAUGCGCACGGCUUCGCUCGCUCCUCCACCCAGGCAAACUUCGUCCUUGCUGACCUCCUCUCCCGUUACCUCGCCAAUCUCUCCGCCACCGUCGCAAAGUAUGCCGAACACGCCGGCCGCAGGUCCAUCGUGGCGCGCGACGCGAUAGAAGCCUUUGGCGAGCUGGGCACCAACAUGGACGAGCUCAGGGAGUACUGUGCCGUCGAGGGCCGCGACAUGGCCCGCUACGCCAUCCAUUCUGCCAAACGCGUCGAGGAGCUGGCCGAAAUCAAUGCCCAACUCGCUUUGGGCCUCAGCCAUGACGAAGACGAUCUCAUCCCGCUCGAAUGGGGUCCCGUACCCGAAGACCUCCCAUCCGAAGGGGAGGAGAGCGAGGACGAUGAGAUAAACACCCCAUCCGACGAGCUCGCCAAGGCAGACAUUAUCUCCCGCUCAACCUCCACGUCCACCGCCCGCGCCCCCUUUACCGCUCUCCCCAUCUCGAACCCCUCCACGCCCCCACGAAAACGCCUGCGAACGGCGAGCUGGCAGCCCCCAGAACACAUCCCCGACUAUUUGCCGCCUUUCCCGACCGCCGACGCGCAGAGAGUGGCGAGUCCGCCGCCCGCCGAGGGCGCGCCGCUGGCGAACGACGCGGUCAAGCGGGAACGCUCCGCGACGCCCCCGUUGCAGGCGCAGAUGUCGACUGCGACCUCGUCCGCGGACUACCACGCGGUCGUGCCGUACGACCAGUCCUCGCUCGCCGCCCUCCCCGCGCGGCACCUCCCCUCGCGGCCACCAGGCAUGGACGCCGCACAUGGACAACCGCCACAGAUCCUGCCGACGCAGCCGGCGCUGCUUGGGGCGUACCACCACCUGCUCACGAACCCGCCUCCGGAGAAGGUGGUGGGCGUGAACCCGGCGCGGUACCGGGUCGGGCUCGCACUUGUGCAGCAGACGGAGAAGGCGAACCGGUGGGACGCGCCGGCGACGCUGUAUGGGAGCACGGCGCCGAACCUGCCGCGGGUGUCGGCGAUGCCUGCGAGCUGUGCGAUCCCGAUUGCGAAGGGACCUGGAGGGACCGGCUCUGGGUCGGGUGCGGGGACGCCGGACGGGAGCGGGAGCGGGAAGGGAGACGGGGAGGAGGGGAAACGGGUGCUGCCUGGGGCGCCGGCGCGGACGAUCACAGUGCAGGACCGGGUGGUGCCGUCGAUUGUGCGGCAGGACUCGCGGAUCCCUCAGCUGGCGCGGCACGUUCUUUCGGGGAACGUGUAUGCGCGGACGAUGCGGAUCCAGCACCCGCCGGUGCUGCAGCGCGGGCCGCAGAAGCUGACGUACGGCCCGGGGGUGAACGCGCCGUGGAACUCGAGCCUGUCGCCGAUGCCGGCGGCGACGCCAGCGGGGGGCGGGAAGGGCAAGGGCGCAAAUGGAGAAGCGAACGGGAUGGUGAACGGGAAGGAGAAAGAGAAGGAGAAGGAGAAGGAGAGCUCGCGGCCGCUGCCCGACGCGCGGCUGUACGCGACGUGGAACUACGAGCCGAAGCGGUUCGACGAGACGUUGGUGGUGCGGAGACGGAUGGGCACCGUCGUGGGCCACCCGCCGGGCGGCGGUGGGGGGCGGGCGAGGAGCGAGAGCGUGUUCCCGUAG